ACAUAGUUUGACAUUAAAAUGAGUCCUGGAUGACACUUGCAGUCAUGACUCUCGGAUUUAUUCAAAGAUCUUUUAUCUACCUCCACAACAGUUUCCAGAAAUAGGUGAGUGCAGCACCUUCUGCAAAUCACACUCCUAUACCGCUAGAAUCAUCGAAAAGGAUAUGGCAAAACCUCAUGACACCACAAUCAUCAUACAAAAGCAACAAAAACUCCGAGUUUCUCCAGUCAUUAACAUUUUUAUUGGUCUUACAGCUGCAAUAACAUUCUCAAGGCGCCCUGGAAUCUCUGAUCAUCUCAUGUAAUGGCCGAGGAACAACCUGAUAAUGACCAGAAGACGAUCAUUGACCUCUCCGAGGAGAAUCUCUUUGAGUUACGUUGCCUGAUCAAAGCCUCAGGGAUAAUCCUCAGUGCAAGAUGUGAAGUGGGUCGUCGUCAGUUACUAGCCUUUACAACUCGUCGAAUAGACGUGGGGAUCUACUACCACUCAGACAUCCACAACCUUCCAGUGAUCAAGAGGAUCCCAUGGUACAGAGCCCCAAAUCGAGCAAUUUCUGCCCUCUGCUUCGAUCCUACAGGCUCGUGGCUCCUGGCAGCGAGUACAGAUGGUUCCUUGCAUAUUCUUCCAGCCCUGGCUCUGGUGGACGACACCCAGGUCGUCGAUCAUAAAUGGUCCACCAAAGAUGUCACCCCUAUAUCUGUCAUUGACCUGCAGUCCUCGUACUCUCGCCCCACAGCCCUGACCUGGUGGCAAGGUGUUACUCAAUCGAGUCACAUCGGCGUAAUUGGCACCGAAGAUGGAGAGGUCGUUUUCAUUAAUUUGGAGAACGGCCAGUGGAUUGGCUCAACACGAGUCAGGGGCUCCAUAUCUUCCCUGGAUAUCUGUCAGGACAACAGUCUCGAAAUAGUUUCCCUCCUCAUCACCAACAAAACACGACAGCAAUGGCGAUUGGUCCUGGAGCAAAGGACCAACGGAUGCAUCUUCUCCCUCCAUAAGAGCCCCUACCACUCCAGAAAUAUCGAGCACGUAGAGGAAACCAAAGCCUUCCCCACCAGGUCUCGUCUCCAGGGCUUGAAGCAACUGUCAGUAGAGAAACUAGCCUCUUUAAAGCAAAAACUCGCUGAAUCUCGAAAUAAAAAUCCCCAGACGUCAGUGUUUCGUCAGGAUAGUGGCAGCAGCAGUGGUACCGAUGACCCAGAUCUUUCCGGAAGAAAGGACACCCUAGUAGCUCCUGAAUUCCUUUCAGAAGACACUCAUCUGUCUCCUCAGUACACCAGACAAGGUCAGCACUUAUACACAGCUUACUGCGAGGCUACCAAUCGCAUCACUAUCCACGGAACUGACGUCUCUGUCGUUCCUCUUCACAUGUACAAAAUGCCAGACAUCUGCUCAGAUGUUCUCCUUACUCAAAGACUCUUUUUCACAACUGGUCCCCGAAGAAGAACCCUGUGGAUGAUCUCCUGUCCUCUCUCUGAGGUUCGAAUAGAUAACUCUGAGGAUUCUCAUUUCAACCCCGAGUCCAUAAUCUCCAGGUUUCACUUUGAUGACGGUAGGGAAGUAAUCACCCACAUCUUCAGGGCGUCAGACUACAAACUGACCACUGAUGAUCAAACUUCCAAGGACGAUAAAAAGAAGAUCUUACCCUCAAAAAUUGACGAUCUCAACGUUGAGGUACCGCCGGUAGACACAUGUAUUGUUGUCACCAACUGUGGCAUCUACAAAGUCGCCCUGAGGAGGCCUUUGCUGAGUGUGUUCAUGGAACUGGCACUAAAGAAUAAUAAGAGAGAUAUUGAGAAGGCUGCACGACUCGGACUAGUAUUCGGUAUUAAUGUUCCUCAAUUAUUUGAAUGCGCAGGGGAUAUUCAUCUUGCCAACAGCAGAUUCACGGAGGCAGCUGCACUCUAUAAAUUAUCGAGAUGCAGGCUGUUGAAGGGAGUGCUGAAAACUGCAGCGACAGGGCACACUGAGAAGCUCCUGGGCUGCCUAGGGCACUGUCUGACCCCACCAGCAGUCACUGAGCUCACCACAACGACUCGCAUUCACUUAUCUAAUCUAACAGUUUUCGCAUUCAGUGAAUUAGUUCUGCGCGCAUCUCCUAACGAUGCCACUGGCAUCUACAAAGAUUUCUUACAAUUUUUAUCGAGGAAUACGUACUACGAUGAACGCUGGGUGGUGGACGUGGUAGGCCAGACAUGUCUGUGGAAGGUCCUCCACCAUUUAGCAACACAAAGAGGUCUCUACGCCCAAGUCCUCGAUGUUCUCGUUAAGGCAGUCCAGUCCUAUCCUUUAUCAUCGGGGUCUCCUCUCAACAGCAAAUACGGACUGAUGAUCUGCAUCAGUGAGUCCAAUCUAUUGCAGUCAAUGCUGUCGACGCCUUUCUUAGCCAGAAGUCACAUGUCUUUCGUCCUCUCAAAUCUUCAAGAGUUCCAGGUGUUUGUUCUCCAGCGAUUGGUCACCUUGUACGAUCCCACGAGCCCCAUAUUUAGACCGUUGUUAGUCAAGUACAGAGCCAGGCGGAGGACAACAUCGCACAGUUCACAGUCGAGUCAAUGUGACUCUCUAGACUCCUCGGAUAUUCUCGAUGAAAGUGGCUCACUAGUGGAGGAAUUGAUCGAAACAUUUCUCUACCUAUUGCUAACACUCAUCAGUAAACGUUCCCCUGUUCUCAAGCAUAAUUCCUCUUUAGUGUCGAAAAUAAAUUAUCCUGGAAUUGAAAAGCGUCACAAUAUUGUGACGAAUGUGAAUUUCAAGAGGAGAUUGUUGUCCGCAGGCUAUGGACACGCAGCUCUCAUUAGAAAUGGAAACGUCUUCACCUGGGGAUCGAGUUCUCAUGGUUGUUUGGGUACUGUGCCAUCGAUAUCGAGAUACGGAUCACCCCAGGCUAUCACCGUCUUCAAGGCGAUGGAGAUGGAGGUCCUGAGUGUCUCGUGUGGACGAAAUCACACACUGGCAGUUACUAAUAAUGGAGUUUACGCUUGGGGAGGAAGUCAAUAUGGACAGUUGGGUCUUGGAAGAGUUCUCCAGUGUCCCAGUCCAGAGUUAAUCACUUCUCUGGCUCAGGAGGUGAUCGUGGAUGCUGUAGCAGGUCAGUACCAUUCGGUGGCACUCACAAUGGACGGAAGGGUUUUCACUUGGGGGUGGGGCGUACAUGGACAGCUUGGACAUGGCAACACAAAAGAAAAAAACGUCCCAACUCUGGUUGAAUCUCUUCUUGGAAUUGUCAUAAGAACAAUCGCAGCUGGACAUGCUCAUACUAUCGUUUUAUCCGAUGAUGGAGCUGUGUAUAUUUUCGGGUGCAAUAUUUUCGGCCAAUUGGGGACUGGUAACACCACCAAAUCCACGGUACCAAUCCGAGUUUCUCUUCUACCAGAGCCAAUUUCAGAUAUUGCCACGUCGUACUUUCACAAUUUGGCUCUUACCACCACGAAUAAACUCUACACGUGGGGGGCGAGCCCCCAGGUACUUCGUCUGCAAACACAAGCCCAGAAGAAGUCGAAGCUACUGGAAUUCCAAGCAGCUGCUAAGAAAUACGCGGAGAGUCUGGUGGAUUUUGAUCCCAGUAUCGAGUCAGGAGACGAGGAGCCGACAGACAUCUCCUCCAUCGAGAAAUUAGCCAUGAAGACGGUGAAUGAACGACGACAGAAUUGCCCAAAUGUAGCGAAAAUCGUGGUGAGCCUCAGGGACAUAAACUUGGGGCUUCUUGAAGAAACACAGACGCAUCUGAAGCCUUCCCUCGUGGACACACAACUGGUGAAUGGUAGAAUAGUUCAAAUAUCCACCGGCUGUCAUCACUCUGCUUUGUUAACGAAGGAUGGAACUGUCUACACCUGGGGGAGGAAUCUAGACGGUCAAAUUGGAAACAGAACACGAAAGGACGUCUCCAUUCCGACCCCUUUGAGCUACAACGCCGUGUCGAUUCUCGCACAGGUGCCUCCAAGGAACAACUCCAGACUUCGAGCUCAGAAUAACGAAGAGGAUGCAAACAUGAAUGAUACCAGAGGUGAUAUGAUGCACCUGGGGACUGCGACAUUGAGGGUGUGCUGUGGAUGUGAGUUCACAGUGGCUAUUCAGCCUGGCGGAGGUGUUCUAGCUUGGGGGAGCAACAGUUUGGCACAGCUGGGUCGUCCUCCAACAAAAGAGAGCGGUGGAAAUGUCGCUGAGAAACUGGUGCUCAUCAAGUCCUCUAAACGAGUAGUGAGGAUGCCCCAUGGGGCUCAUGUUGCUCAGGAUUCUCCCAGUUUAGUUCCCCACAUUCCCACUCCGAUUAUAACGUACCAGAGCUAUGAUGUGACACCUCUCGCUGGCAGAGUGAGACCUCUUAGCCUCGUUGAAAAAUCCUACGGUGAUCUCACUCUUCAUUAUGCUCUCGAGCAAUUCAAUGGUAUUUAUGACGCUGGGAAGAUCAUGGAGAAGUGCGAUGAGCUGGAGAAUUAUCAAGCGAGAUCGAAGCUAGCAUUGUUGGAGCACAAUUACUCGAUAUCACUUGCUUAUCAGUUGAAAACUCUCAAUCCUGAUAAUUAUAAGACUGCGCCGAUGUCUUCCGUUGAUGAUAUGACUGUGAAUGGAGUGGAUGGAGUGAAUGGAAAGUCUGAUGAGAAGGUGAGAGAGAAUACAGAGCUCUUCGUCAAACAAGUGGAGAAAAAUAUCGUGGAUUCUAUGGAGGAGCAUGAGACUAGGAAGAGGGUUAAGAUGUCGACGAGCAAAUCGUUGGAUUGUAUUCAAUUGAUCGAGCAGGAAUUGCAUACAUUCGACUGUCAGGGGGGCUCUGAGGAGUUGUGCGAGGACGCCAGGAGUGAGGACAAUGUAUCAUUGGAUCUGACUGAGGGUGCACUCGACAACGAUGUUGAGGAGAUUAAUCAGUCGAAGAACAGAAAUGACGAUUUUAAUGGGGGAUUGAUCUCAGUUGAGCCCUCGAAAUCCUCUGAUCUCAUGACUGCAGACGCACUGAAGAUUAUUAGAUUCUACGUUAAUGAAAUCGAUGAGACUGCGCACAAAAUAAUGCGACAAGUGCUGCAAACGACCUUUGAUUUUUGGAUAAAGAAUAAAUUGGAUAUGGAAGUCCUCGAGGGAUUAUUUUUAGAGAAUUCAAACAAGUUGUUCUAUCCCCUGGGAUUGCUGCUGUUUUGUAAUCAUGACGUUGAGGCAUCGAGUCCCAAAAUCAUGGAUCAUGUGUCAGCUAAAUUUAGUCUACAGGUCUGCACGUUGAUACUUCGUCAUAUCGACGAGGGAAAACCCAGUCUCGAGUACAUCGAGCUAUUUUCCAUGCUCAUGGACAGGAGCUAUGAUCCUCCUAUCACUGGGUAUUUGAGCUCCAGGGAGAGUAAGACCCCUGGGGAGAUGAUGGAGGACAUCAUCAGCACAAUAUCUUCCAAAUCCAGUGAUCCCAGACCUUUCAUUCAUAUUAAGGAUCCAGAGGCUGUUUCGCAAUUUCUAGAGUCGGAUGAGGACACCAUUGUCUUCACAUGUGGUCAUCAUUUCUCAAUGUCUAUUUAUCAAUCUGAGGUACUACCGAAUAUGGAGGCUGAAUUACUUGUUGCACAGCCACUACCACUACCUUGCACAGCGCAGGUAUUAGGUAAUAUGCUUAGUCGUGUUUGUAAAAUAGAUAUAUUGUGCCCUCGGUGCGUCCCACGGGCGAUACAAACAGCCGCCAAAACUGUCAUGGAGAGAUAAUUAUUCUUAUGUGAUUCAUCGGGAGAGAUAUUGAAUGACCAUUUUUUUGUCGAUGCGUAAUGAUGCGUAAUGAUGCGUAAUGGAAAUAUUUUUCUGUUUUCGUGCAAUGAAUUCUUGAGUUGGCUGAUUUCAAUGUCUAUUGAUUUAAAUUUGUGAUCUUUUGGAGGAAUUUUGAUGAUUAUUUUUUUCUAUCUUUCAUUAGUCUGCGCACUUUUAUGGUAAUGUUUAUUCUUUAAUUUAGCACGGGAGAGGAGUUUUUACAGUCAUUCUAAAAUUUUGUUAGACGUUUACAUGAAUAUGGUGAACUACUUAGACGUAAUGGAACUAAUAAUACCACGGAAUUGUUAUUAUUGAAAUUUGUUAGAUAUGUGCAAUGAAUUAAUUAACGAGUUA